AUGGGAAAGAAAACCAAGAGGACAGCUGACAGUUCUUCCUCAGAGGAUGAGGAGGAGUACGUCGUGGAGAAGGUGUUAGACAGGCGCAUGGUUAAGGGGCAAGUGGAGUACCUGUUGAAGUGGAAAGGCUUUUCUGAGAACAAGAAGAGAGAGCAGAGCAAUGACAUCGCCCGGGGCUUUGAGAGAGGAUUGGAACCAGAAAAGAUCAUUGGGGCGACAGACUCCUGUGGUGACUUGAUGUUCCUGAUGAAAUGGAAAGACACAGAUGAAGCUGACCUGGUUCUUGCAAAAGAAGCUAAUGUGAAGUGUCCACAAAUUGUGAUAGCGUUUUAUGAAGAGAGACUGACGUGGCAUGCAUAUCCAGAAGAUGCGGAAAACAAAGAGAAAGAAAGCUCGAAGAGCUAAAGGAGGGUGGUCUCUGCCAUUUCUCUUUGUAUAUACCACGUUCACCUUCCUGCCUCCUCUCCCUUCUCCUUCCCUUUCCAUCCUAAACACAUCCAUAAAAGUAUGUGCUCACACUGUGCUU